AUGGGAGCUGUGGGACGUGGCUGGACCUGUUGGGACAGAUUGACCCCUCCUUAUAUCCAGAAGGGCCUUAGGACAGAUCCCAGUGCAGCUGAACAGCUGUCCUCAUCUGCCCGCAGGAGAACCUGGUGCAGAGCAGAGGUUUCAGACACCAGCCGGGAGAAACUCUUGUCAGAAGAAAAUCCGGACAUCAAGACGCCGGCUGCUGCAGGCAGAGAUUACAUCGCGGCAGUAGAUAAGUGGAUGGGAAAGUUACUGCCCAUGAUAAAGCCAUAUCUCUACCAGAACGGGGGUCCUAUCAUCACUGUGCAGGUGGAGAACGAAUAUGGCAGUUAUUUCGCCUGUGACUACAACUACAUGCGUCACCUGACUAAGCUUUUCCGGUCCCACUUGGGCGAGGAGGUGGUGCUCUUCACCACGGAUGGAGCUGGACUCAAAUUCCUCAAGUGUGGCUCAAUACAAGGCCUCUACGCCACUGUGGACUUUGGCCCAGGUAAUGUAACGGCUGCUUUUAAUGCACAGAGACACGCAGAACCUCAUGGACCUUUGGUGAACUCUGAGUAUUACACUGGCUGGCUGGACCACUGGGGGUCUCCUCACUUUGUCGUGUCAUCCGCCGUUGUGGCCAAGUCCCUCAAUGAGAUGCUGGCCAUGGGAGCAAACGUCAACAUGUACAUGUUCAUAGGAGGGACAAACUUUGGAUACUGGAAUGGCGCCAACUCACCGUACGGCCCGCAGCCCUCGAGCUACGACUACGACGCCCCUCUCUCUGAAGCAGGAGACCUCACAAAGAAGUACUUUGCUAUUCGUGAUGUCAUCAAAAUGUAUCGUAAGUUGCCAGAGGGACCGAUGCCACCUACAACUCCAAAGUAUGGAUAUGGGACUGUUGGGAUGAAAAGGCUCCAAACAAUUUCAGAUGCCUUAGAAAUGCUUUCUUUCUCCGGCCCCGUCAAAAGCAUUUAUCCUCAGACUUUCAUCGAACUGAACCAGGCCUUUGGUUAUGUGCUCUACAGGACUAAACUUCCUGUUGACUGCAACACACCCACACCACUGUCGUCUCCUCUGAACGGCGUCCAUGACAGAGCGUAUUUGUCAGUGGACGGGGUGGCUGUGGGGAUUUUUGAAAGGAACAAGGCCUUAACUCUCAAUGUGACUGGGAAAGACGGCAGUCAGCUGGACAUACUGGUGGAGAAUAUGGGCCGAAUCAACUACGGAAGAGAAAUCAAUGACUUUAAGGGCCUGGUGUCCAACCUGACUCUGGGGAAAGACACGCUCACUGGCUGGACGAUGUACAGCCUCAGCAUCGAUGAAGCGGUCAGUCAGGGCCUCCUUGGUGAAACCAAACCAACAGUCUCAUCUCCCCCCGCUGCUCUCUCCCUCCCCACCUUCUACGAGGGAAGCUUCAUCAUUCCUGACGGCAUCCCGGACCUCCCCCAGGACACCUACAUCAAGCUGCCCAAAUGGAGGAAGGGGCAAGUUUGGAUUAACGGCUUCAACGUGGGACGCUACUGGCCGUCUCGGGGCCCUCAGGUGACACUUUAUGUUCCUGCCUCCAUCCUCAGCAACGCUGUACCCAACAACGUGACUGUGCUGGAGCUGGAGGACGCCCCCUGCGGCCCCGGGCCCUGCAGCGUGGAGUUUACCGACACCCCCAUCCUGAAUGGCCCAGUACAGUCUGACUUCGAACAGCAGAGGAGGCUCUUCUCUAAAGAUGAUUUGUUGUGAUAAUAAGGGAAACAUACAGCCGCACUAAAAGGAAGCUAUUUGCACUUUCUGCCUAUUUUUUCAGCACCUGUUUUGUGAAAGAGAGUUCAUUUGGGACAUGUUACAAAAACUGAUGAAAUGUGUUUUUAACCAAAUAAUUAUUUCAACAAUCACAUAACUGUGAGCUCUCUAUUUGUAUUCAAAGCCUUCUUUUCUUUUUUGCCUAUUGAUAGACAUCACAUCAAGCUCUAUUAUGUAGAAGGUUUUAUUUUAUCGUGAAAAACACAUCAGAGAAAUACCAUAUUAUCAUACAACUGAGGAUACAUUGUGACUCUGCUCACAUGUACAUUAUCUUUGAUAAAUGGUUUGCAUUGAUUGUAA